AGGCUUUUUCGAAGUGCCUCUAGUUGAGUGAUAUUCCGCUCUCGUCAUGGGGCCAAUGAAAAAGAAGGGGAAGAAGGGCGUCGCGGCAUCGUACGUUUCUCGUACUCGAGCCAUAAAGACCCUGCAGCUAUCACUGACGCAAUUCAGGGAUCUAUGCAUUCUCAAGGGAAUUUAUCCUCGAGAACCGAAGAACAGAAAGAAAGCCCAAAAACAUACCAAUCUUAUUCAAACCUUGUAUCAUCGGAAAGACAUGCGUUUUAUGCUGCACGAACCGUUAGUUUGGAAGUUUCGGGCCCUGAAGGUCUACAUGAAGAAACUUGCAACCGCGCGUGGAAAAAAGGACAUGAUCGCAUACGAACGCAUUUUAAAAGCGAAACCAUCGUUCAGACUAGACCAUUUAGUAAAAGAGCGUUAUCCCACAUUCGUGGAUGCCUUACGUGAUUUGGAUGAUCCACUCUCCAUGUGCUGCUUGUACGCCACUUUCCCAAGAAUGUAUAAAUUGCCGGAAGCUGAAAAAUUGGCUAAACUUUCGCGUCGCUUGACUACGGAAUUCAUGUUGUACGUCAUCGAAGCCAAGGCGCUUCGGAAGGUGUUCGUUUCUAUCAAGGGCUAUUACUUCCAAGCGGAGAUUUCUGGACAGAAUGUAACCUGGGUUAUUCCGCACAACGUUGCGUAUGAGCAUCCACAUGGACAAGGCGUCGAUUUCAAAGUGAUGAACACGUUCACGGAGUUCUACGUUUAUCUCCUGGGAUUCGUCAAUUUCCGAUUGUUCCAACAAUUAAAUCUUCACUAUCCCCCAAAACUGGAAGGCGUUCAUGAGGGCAGUGACGUCAGUGAACGACUAUCGGCUCUCAAUGUCACACUCCGGAAGAACCUUGCAUCCCAAAAUGAAGACCCGGACAAUGUUCAACUCGAUGACAUUCCUGUCGAGGAAGCGGCCGAUACAGGCGAAGAAAUACGGAAAGAAGCCGAGAGUGCUGCGAGGCAGCAGAAUUUGUUCAAGGGCCUAAAAUUUUUCCUGAACAACGAAGUUCCCCGAGAGAUAUUGACGUUUGUUAUCAGGGCGUGCGGUGGACAGGUAUCGUGGAAUAGCCCUAUCUACAGUGGAGCGACCUAUCCCGAAGAUGACGAGUCCAUCACUCACCAGAUUGUGGAUAGGAAUGAUCUUAAUCGACCCUUCUUGUCAAGAACGUAUGUGCAACCACAGUGGGUUUUUGACUCGAUCAAUGCUCGUGAGAGGAAGCCUGUUGAGAAAUACUUCGCUGGCGUCGUUUUGCCUGCGCAUUUAUCUCCCUUCUUCGAAUACGACGGAAACGUGGAUGCGGACAUUGAGUCUAUGGAAGUCAACGCUGCUCAAACGAUCUCCGAUUCCGGUGUAGAUAGCAUUGAGGAAGCAUCAGAAAGUGGAAGUAAUUCUGAUGUAGUUGAGAACGAAAGCGGCGAUGAUGAUGAGGACGUUGACGACGACGACGAAGAGGAGGAAGCCAGUGAGAAUGACGAAGAAGAGUAUGUGCCGGAGAAACCCAAAAUGACGGUCAGUGCCGGCAAAUUCGUGCCUGAAAACAAAGCUAGACUCGAAGAGAAGGAAGAUCGUGAGCAUCUGACCAUGAGGAAAAUGAUGAUCCCACGGAAACAUCGCAGACUUUACAAAAAUAUGAUGAAGCUGCGAAAGCGGAAAACGAACGAUGAACGAGUGUUGGAGGAGAAAAGGGCUCAGAUUGCUUCCGCGAAGAAAAAUAUCAAGGGGAAAGCGAAAUUAUUUAUGGAUUUUUCCGGACGAGUCGUCGUGGUGACAGGGGCUGGAGGAGGACUGGGCAAAGAAUACGCCUUACAAUUUGCAUCUCUCGGAGCAUCAGUUGUCGUGAAUGACGUUGGAGUUGGUCUGAAAGACGAUGUGACAAAUUCGAAGCCAGCAGACGCAGUUGUUCAGGAGAUCCGGCGGAAAGGUGGCAAAGCAGUGGCGAAUUAUGAUUCAGUUGUCGAUGGCGAAGCAAUUAUUAAUACUGCGAUCAAAGCGUUUGGUCGUGUGGACGUUGUGGUUAAUAAUGCUGGCAUUCUUCGUGAUAAAUCGGUGCUGAAUACGACGGACAAGGAUUGGGACUCGAUUCAAGAAGUGCAUUUGAAAGGAUCGUUCAAUGUUUCCAGAGCCGCUUGGGAACACAUGAAAGAGCAGAAGUAUGGUAAAAUCGUCAUGACCUCUUCGACGGCAGGGAUUUAUGGAAAUUUUGGGCAGUCGAAUUACUCGGCUGCAAAGAUGGCUUUGAUCGGUCUGAGCAACACUUUGGCAAUCGAAGGUGCUAGAAACAACAUUUCUUGCAAUGUGAUUGUCCCAAUGGCAGCUUCAAGAUUAACUCAAGACGUUCUUCCUCCUGCUAUUUUUGAAAAACUAAAACCGGAGACCGUUGCUCCUGUUGUGGUUUGGCUCUGCAGCGAAGAUUGCCAAGAAACGGGUGGCAUUUUUGAAGCUGCUGGUGGACUUGUUGCAAAAUAUCGCUGGGAGAGAAGCCGGGGCGUUGUUCUUGAACCUAUAACUGCCGAUGGUGUCGUCGAAAACUGGGAAAAAAUUUGCGAUUUCUCCAACCCUACGUACCCCACGAGCAAUCCUGAGCUGAUGUCGAUUGUAAUGUCUGAUUUGACGUCCGCUGCAGAGAAAUCAUCAAUUGGAACCAGUGAAGCCGUUCCUUUCAGCUAUACGCAGAAAGAUGCAAUUUUAUACGCGAUUGCUGUUGGGGCGUCUACGAAAAACCAGUCGAACUUCAAAUACGUUUACGAAGGCUCUGACAAUUUCAGCGUUUUGCCAACUUUUGCGAUUAUAGCUGCUCAGCAUUGUCUUGGAGCUGCUAACGGCGGCUUUCUCGCCGCAAUUGAUGGAAUUAACAUUGACCUCUCCAAGUUGCUGCACGGGGAACAGUAUCUGAAACUUUAUCGUCCACUGCGUGGGGAUGAAGAGUUGAAAUCCUCUUAUAAGGAGGUCGCGAGGUUGGACAAGGGAUCCGGCGCGUUGCUCGUCAUUAACGUUGAAACAAAAGACGAGAAGGAUGACUUAGUCGCGUUGAAUCAAUUCUGCAUUUUCCUCGUCGGAGAAGGAGGGUUCGGCGGGCCGAGGACCUCUAGUGAAAUUGUUCCUAUUGGGUUGAUGCCUCAAAGGCCUCCGGACGUGGUGCUGCCCUUCGUGACUAAUGUUGAUCAGGCUGCUCUUUACCGUCUCACUGGCGACGUGAACCCGCUGCACAUUGAUCCGGAUAUGGCUGCCCUGGCGGGUUUCAAGAAACCGAUCCUUCACGGGCUUUGUUCCUUGGGCAUUGCCACUCGUACGCUCGUCACGCACUUCCGUAUACCUGAGGAAGGUUUUGUUUCGAUCAAAGUUCGGUUCAGUGCAUCAUUAUUUCCUGGAGAGAAGUUGAUAACACGUGGCUGGGUGGAUGGAAGAAAAAUAUUCUUUGAAGCUGGUGUGGAUGGUUCUGGAAAAUUGGCUCUUGCUGGUAAGGAAGUUUAUCACCCUCCCUUCUUUGAUUUUGAGUCUCGAAAUACUGUGGUAUCUUGGAAGUCAACGAUGAAGCAAUUCUGCGUAAUGGAUCUAGCCAGCAAUCGAAACUUUAAAAUAGUGGGACUCGGGUGUUCUGACGCAUUUGACACAUUGAGGAAUGCGGGUUUGGGAAAGGCAGUAAAAAAAAACCUGUUAAUGCGCAUGGAAGCUGUAAAUGGAGUGCUGGGUAUGGUCGUUUCCGACAAAGAUGGGAUCCCGAUUCUCAAAGCAUGUUCCGAUCGAUGUCCAGAAAUGGCACUUCGUGCGUCCUUCUUGAGCACUUUCCCAGUCGCUUCCGAUCAUCUUGCACGAGUUGGCUAUGGCCGAAACAAUUCCGUGACAGCCGUUUAUGAAAAUUAUCAGGUGAUAACUUCAUGGGUGGAACCGGUUGCAUUGACGAUGAUAGGCUCGCGAUAUGUUCAAACUGGUGCAAUGGCUGCCUUGUUGGAGGAGCUUAAACCGAUCGCUCUUGAGAUUAGCAAGUUCGCGGAAUCUGGUGAUAUAAAUCACAAGAUGAAGAAUUCGAAAAAGAUUAAGAGAUUAAAACGCCAGGCUGACAGGGUUAUCAAGAAAACCUCUCAGCCCGCGAAUCCUUUUGAAAUCAGAAAUGUGAAAAAUGAACACUUCUCUGUUAUUGACAGCAAGAAAGUUACCAGAAAACACGCGCCUGGUGUUUCACGGAUGAGAGCCCUGGAAAUCCGAAAAGAAACCUUGUUGCCGGAACUGCAAUUGCGCAAGAAGUCCAACGUGUUUUUGGACAAAAGGAUUGGCGAGAGAGACAAGGGUUUGUCCACCGAGGACAAAAUGAUCGCUCGAUUUGCCCGAGAACAUGUUAAGAAAUACCGCACGGGAUCUAUUUUCAAUCUUGGGGAUUCUGAAGAUUUGACUCAUAGAGGAAAGGCCAUUGCGGAAACGGCUGAUCUUACUGAGGAUCCUCGGAGUGACGAGGAGGACGAAGAUGAAGACCUUAUGGGAGAGUCGAGGUUUGGGGGUUUUCUGACAAAACGAUCCGAAACUCCUGGUUCGAAAACUUGGAAGGAACGACUUGAAGAAAUGAUAAAAACCACGCGGGAGAAACGAGCAGUUCUGCAAAAACAGAAGGACCAGGCCGUGGAUCUCACGGAAAAGCUCGACGAACAGUUCAAAGAGCUUGGCGGAAUCAUGCAACUUUCUGUCCGGAAAGACGAACGCGAACCUGUUAAGCCUGAUGAUUAUUACAUGUUGGUGCAAGAGUUCAGGAUGAGUGCAACUUCUCAACAAGGAAAAGAGAGGACCAUGCCGAAAGAUGAGGCAGAUGAAGUUCAAAGAGAGUUCACAAAACGCUUGGAAGAAGAAAAGCGGAAACGAAUGGCUCCUCCCGUUCAGGCAGCAAGCGUAAUUAAGGCCCGAAAAAUUAUGGCUUCAGCAGACGCUCUUCCGGAAGAUUUUCUGCCGGGUGCUGAAUUGGGCGAACAAGAGGAUGAACCCAUCAGAGCCAAUCGAAGGACAAAACAGUCUAUUGAGCAGAUAAUUGAAUCCCUCAUCGAUGAAGUACCUGACAUUAGUUCCAAGAAAAUGGAAAAAAUGGAGUCCAUGAGUUGUGAGUUUUUAUUCAAUUGUUCUGCGUAUGCUCUCGAGGAUCCGACCGUUCUUGUGAAUCUUUUAACCUCACUAAAACACCCAGAGCAGGAAGCGGUUAUGGUCGAAGCCUUAAUCAAGAAGUUCCAUCCGGGAUUAAAUGACGUCAAUAAGACGGAGCUGAUGAACUUAUGGACUUCGUUACUUCAGUAUAUCGAUGAUUGUAGUGUGGAUCCGACUCGAAGACAUUUGCGGAGCAUCGAAUGUUUGCUACCAAUCAUGUGUAAACUAGCGUUGUCGUUUCCCCAAUUUGCUGGUCAAUGCUUGCAAGACGUUUUGAUACAAAAGCAUGGAGCGAUUGUCGAAUCCCGAGAGUAUCCAGGACUAGAUGUGUUAGCUGGAGCAUUGUUUCCGGUAACCGACUUCCGUCAUUCUGUUACGACACCCGCAGUAGUUCUCCUCACACAGUGUUUCUCAUGUUGUAUCUUGAGUCGACCUCGUUCGAUUUUCUCGGCAGUGUAUUGCUUGCAACUUAUGCUCAAGUACACCGAAGAAGCUGGGAGGUACAGUCCGGAAGCAAUGACAGUGUUGAUAAAUCUUUUAAAUUUUUUCGUUCCCGGGGAAAAACGGCUGAAGAGCCUCUUUCCGUAUGAAGUUCUGCGUUUAGAGCGAUGUGAUUUAUGUUUGAAGCCUGACGAAAUUAGUGACGAUUUGGAAGCAGCCGAGAUUCACCCAGGUUCCGUCCAGCAUGCUUCUAAAAAUUUGGCUGCAGAUGAAAAACUGAGUUUACUCCUAAAGCUGCUGGAUUUGGUGACCGGGUAUGCCCAGGCUCUGAGCGGAUCGCCGUCAAUGCCAGAAAUAUUUGCCGUCGUGACAUCUGUUCUUCAAGAGUUGGUGACGUUUGAAGAAAACUUGACGUCGCAGUCGAAGGAAAAAUUGAAUUCGGUUCUGAAAACCCUCGAAAUAAUGCGACGAAAUUGCAAGAAACCUGCCUCGUUACUAGAGGCUGAGAAGCCGAAAAUGUUGAGGCUUUACGAACCCAGAGUUGAUCCUGAGUACAUUCAAGGGAAACGAAGACACUACGCAAGGAGAGCUCAGAAGUCAGAGUCGCAAAUUUUGAAACGACGUGUAAAGGAUGAAACUCGUGGUGCAAUGAAGGAGAUUCGCAAGGAUACAGCUUUUGUUGCUGGAGAGAUGUUCAAAGAACAGCGCAAACGGGAUGCGGAAGAAACCCAGAAGAUCAAGAAACUCAUCUCGUCUCUUCAGGGUCAAGAAGCAGAGUAUAAGACUAUCCUGAAACAGAAGGAGAAAUUUAAAAAGAAGAAAUGA